AAAAAAAGCUCAAACACCCAAAUUGAAUGAGCUAGAGAUCAUUCCAUAGGAGAUUGAUUAAAAUCAAGACUCACUUCACAAAACCUUAACUUUGCACUUGCACAGUUGCACAGAAAAAGGAUACUCUCCUCUCCUCUCCUCUUAAACCCACACUCUCCAAAUACCAAAAUCCUAGUUGGGAUUUCUUCAAAAGUGGAAAGAUAGUGAAUUCAUGGCAUUCAGAUUGGGAUUACAGCGAAAUUUGCAGGGAAAAGUUGAUGGAUGCCUGCAUACUGUCAGAAGAUUUACUCAUGCUUAUGCACUUCCACCAUCUUUUGGCAAUUCAAUUGACCCCAUUUCAUCGCCCCCUUUAAUUCUUCCUGAAGAUGACACCAAUUCUGUUCAUGGCGGCGGAUUCAUGGACCUAAUGGCUGUCCCCAAAAAGAAGGUUUCAAAAUACAAGAGAGGCAUAAGAAAUGGGCCAAAGGCUCUGAAACCUACUCCAGUUAUAGUCCGAUGCAAGGGUUGUGGUCGUGUGAAGCUGCCACAUUUCUACUGUUGCAGCGGCCGCAGUGAAGAUUCUGGCGAGAGAAGUGAUGCAAUCAAUUAAUUGUGCUCUUUGCUUUUUAGAAUUAAAUUUUGUUCCAACCCCACACCCUUGAUGGAGUGAAAUUCAGAACUUGCUAUAGUUGAAUUUGCACGGAUAUGAUCAUAGCAUCUGCUUAUUUCCUAGGGUAUCUGUAUUUUUCAAUAUGGUGGUGAAAUACGAAAAUGUGGCGCUCAUGUUUAGGUUAACUCAUGAUAUAUCCUCUGAGUUGUAUUGUUUUAUUGAAAAAUCCAAGUGAUAAAAUAAAGACAUUUUCUCUUAUGA